UCUAUCUCUCUAUAUAUAUAUAUAUAUAUAAUCUCCUCGUACUCCUCCCAAGUUUGGGAAAGGACCCUCUGGCAGAAGCGAUGGCUCGGCGGGUGACCUUAGCAUUGGCGUUUACGUGCCUCCUGGCUGCAGCUCAUGCUGCUACGCUGGGAGUGGUUCAUACAGAAGGAGGAUUUGUGGAGGGAGUCAGUAAGAAAAUUGGAACCCUUUCCCCACAAUAUCUCGAUAUUUUCAAGGGGAUCCCGUUUGGCCUGCCAACAAAAGUCCUUGAAAAGCCAGAAAAGCAUCCUGGUUGGUCAGGUACCCUGAAGGCCACAGACUACAAGCCGAGAUGUAUGCAAGCAACCCUACCUCAAACCGAUGUUCGUGGGGAAAUGGACUGUCUCUAUUUAAAUGUUUGGGUACCCCAGUCCCGUUCAGAAGUCUCCACAAAACUCCCUGUCAUGGUCUGGAUCUAUGGUGGUGGCUUCCUUCUCGGCGGAGGACAAGGCGCCAACUUCGGGGACAACUAUCUUUAUGAUGGAGAGGAGAUAGCUCUGCGUGGAAAAGUGAUCGUGGUGACUUUUAACUACCGUGUUGGGCCUUUGGGCUUCCUCAGCACUGGAGAUGCCAAUGCUCCAGGUAACUAUGGCUUGUGGGAUCAACAUUUGGCCAUUGCCUGGGUGAAGAGGAACAUUGCCGCCUUUGGUGGGGACCCCAGCAACAUCACUCUUUUUGGAGAGUCGGCUGGAGGUGCCAGCGUCUCUCUUCAGACUCUGACCCCUUACAAUGUCGGCCUGAUCAAACGUGCCAUCAGCCAGAGCGGAGUUGGGCUGUGUCCCUGGGCUAUUCAACAAGAGCCCCUCAAGUGGGCCAAGCAGCUCGCCUCGAGGGUUGGCUGUCCCGUCGACGACACCGCGGCUCUGGCCAACUGCCUGCGAGGGACCGAUCCUCGCGCCAUUACUGUGGCCUAUAAGCUGGAACUAGGGAACCUGCAGUAUCCCCUGGUAUAUUAUUUGGCUUACGCCCCUGUGAUCGACGGCGACUUCCUUCCCGACGAGCCGAGGAACCUGUUCUCCAACGCAGCCGACGUAGAUUACCUAGCGGGAGUAAACGACAUGGAUGGCCAUCUGUUUGCAGGGGUCGAUUUGCCGGUUAUCAACGAGCCCUUACAAAAAAUUUCUGCGGAUACCGUGCAACAACUGGUGCAGGGACUGACCCUUCCAAAAGGCUCCGGAGGAUUAACUAUCGCUUAUGACCUCUACACCGCAAACUGGGGACCCAGCCCGAGUCAGGAGCUCAUGAAGAAGACAGUCGUUGAUAUCGAAACAGACUAUAUCUUCCUGGUACCCACGCAAGAAGCCCUGGCAUAUCACAGUCAGAAUGCCAAGAGCGCCAGGACAUACAGCUAUCUCUUUUCACAUCCAUCGCGUAUGCCGAUAUAUCCAAGCUGGGCAGGAGCCGACCACGCCGAAGACCUGCAGUAUUUGUUUGGGAAGCCCUUCAGAAACCAGCUGGCUUACAGACCCCAGGAUAGAGAUGUUGCCGCCGCAAUGAUCGCCUACUGGACCAACUUUGCUGCUACCGGAGAUCCCACUAACGGGCCAUCCAAAGUCCCCACUCCUUGGCUUUCUUACACGACUCACUACGGCAUGUACCUGGAAAUCAACAACUCCAUUAGCUACCAGUCCAUGAAACAGAGCCUCCGUUCACCGUACGUGAGAUUCUGGGCCCAGACUUACCGUAAUCUGCCAUCAGCCUAGGCGAGCAAACCAUUAAACGCUCAUUCUAGCAACAUUCUAA